CCCGUCAGUGUACAAAGCAUCGCGGUAAACGGUGUUUAUUGCUCUGCUGACGUUCCAUUAGGCCUAACAGCUGUCAACAUAAGAAACAAGCUGACUGCUUUUUGGUUCAUAUUUUAGCCGCUGUCUUCCUUCUCUUGGAUAUUUUUCCACGGCACCAUGGGUCGUGGUUAUAUAGUGCAAGAUGCCGUGGAGGGAUAUCUGUCGAAACUGUGUGAACAAAAGGCAGAUCCAGUCACAGGUCUGCUUAUUGGACAGAGCUCAGCCCAAAGGGAUUUUGUUAUCAUGGCAACUCGGACGCCCCAAAGGGAGGAGUCUGCUGCAGCAGCUGGAGACACUGUGGACAAGGAGUGGAUCACUGAGCAUGCUCGACAGGUUUCGAGGAUGCUGCCCGGAGGCCUCUCUGUAUUGGGAGUCUUCAUCAUCACUGAUGCAGAUGCCAAGGACACACUAACUACACUCCGACAGCUGGUGUUUACAGUGGAGAACCUGAUCUCCUCGGAGCACUUGUGGGACCCUGCAGAUGAUGAUGUCACAGACUGCGUCACGCUGCACGUCAACCCCAAAACCAGAAAAACCAUCUGCAGAACCUUUGACAUCAAAGACCCCAAGAGCAUGGCCAAGCCUGCAGACUGGAAGUAUCAGUCAGGGUUGUGUUCCUCCUGGGCCACCGUAUCAUGUAGUCUAAAUGUAGACAUUCUGCUACCACUACCAAACAACAGAACAAGCACAGAGCACAUGGACGAAUGCCUUAAGGAGGGACUGAAAGCAUGGGCGCACCAGAUUGAGAGUGGACUGUUUCUGAUUGAUGGAAAAAGGCUGCCCGAGGACUCAGAGCUCACAGUGGGACAGAGGAAGAAUGUGAGACAGAUGUACACAGCUCAGCUGCUCACCACAGCGGAAGAAAAGAGGUUAACAGAUGUGGUGCAGCAGUGUGGAGGCAGCGUGUCAAUCACAGGAGCAAUCCACAGCCGAGCUUACCUGCACAGCAACAAGCCAAAGGCCAGACUGGCAGAGAAGAUGCUGAAGAGGGACGUGGUUUCUACGGUGGCCACGAGAGUUCAAAUGAUGCUGGAGGAGUUGCUGACAUCAGACCAGGAGAGCAAGGGCAGCUGUAGAGACAAACAACAGACAGAGCAGCUCCGCCUCCCCCAUCGUAUCUUUUGUCCACUAAAAGCGAGCGGGCCGCUCUGCGUGUGUGACUACCAGUUCAGUGACGAGAGUGCAUCUGAUGUGACUGAGCGAUUGAAGGAGAUGUUGGACAUUGAUGCAGCUGAGGCAGACUUGGAUACCAGACAGGAAACGACCGCUGAAAUGACAGGGUGUGAUGUUACGCCAGAGCCCGCUCAGGAAACAGUUGGGGCACCUGAGCACAAGAACAACUACAUUGGUGUUGCCAUGGCUACUGCUGUUGCACUGCUUGCUACUGCUGCCUCAAUGCUGUAUCUCAAUGACAUUUGAGGAAAAUGAAAUAAAGAAACAAAGUGUUUUAUUUUGA